AUGCUGAGCGCCAAUGACCUGCUGCUGGUCGGCGUCGGCCUCGGGGUCAAGCUGCUGCUGAUGCCGGCAUACCACUCGACAGACUUUGAGGUGCAUCGCAACUGGCUGGCGCUGACGCACUCCGAAUGGACUCUGGACUAUCCGCCGUUUUUCGCGUGGUUUGAAUGGGCCCUGUCGCAGGCGGCGCGGCUGUGGGACGCGCGCAUUAGGCUGACAGUCAUUGGCUCAGAGCUGGUCCUGCUAUGGGCGCUGUGGCGCGCAGUGAGGCUGGCGGGGGGCUCGGUAUCGGCACGCACAGCGGCAGUGCUUGGGUUUUUGAGCCCUGGGCUGGUGUUCGUCGACCACGUGCACUUCCAGUAUAACGGCUUCUUGUUGGGGCUGCUGGUGCUGUCGCUGACGCUGGCGAUGGAGGGUCGCGACCUGCUCUCUGGCGUCGUGUUUGCCGUGCUCUUGUGCUUUAAGCAUAUUUUCAUGUACAUUGCGCCGGCGUACUUUGUGUACUUGCUGCGACACUACUGCGCAGUGUACAGGCCACGCUGGCGGCUGGAUGUCGGUGCAUCGGCUGCGCGGCUGAUGGCGCUGGCCGUGGCUGUCGUGCUGGUGUUUGGCGUGGCACUGGGUCCGUUUGUGGCGCUGGGCCAGGCGCCGCAGCUGCUUGCGCGGCUGUUCCCGUUCAAGCGCGGACUGUGCCACGCGUACUGGGCUCCCAACGCCUGGGCGCUGCACCACUAUGCCGCUAGCGCUGCCGCUGCCGCCACACGCGGCCUGAUUGGAGACUCUGCCUUUGCUGUGCUGCCCGCUCUGCCGGCAAUUGCAUUGCUUAUGCUGCGGCCUUGCUCGCCCGUGCGCUUUGUGCAGGCGGUGGUGCUGUGCGCCUACGCAUCCCGUGCUGCUGAUUUGGUGCCGCUCGGCCUGCUUUUGGUAGCUGGGCCGACUCGCCGCGCCCUGCGUAUGUUUGCGGUGGCUGCAGAGCUGCCCAUCAAGGCCACUGUGCUGCUGAUCUGGGUUUUAUGCGCGUUGGUUUUGCUCAAGUCCACGGGCAGCGGCACCUCUGCCUGGCAGUGCCUGUCGGCUCUGGAGCGGGCAUACAUUGUUGGCCACGUUCCGCUGUUCGUGCUGACCGAGAUCACGCCUGCUUCGCUGUUUGUGCGCCUGCCUUCCUACCGCUGGCCAUGCCUCGUCGGCAGCGGCAAGAUCGCGAUGGCCGCCAUUUACGGUCACGACGGCGGUCUCUGGGCCAAGAGCGAGGGCCUGAACUUUGAGAAGAUCAGUGGUGGUUUCCAGGACCCGACCAAUCUACGCAUGAGCGGCACCUACAUUGGCGGCACAAAGUUCAUGACCAACCAGACCGACAAGAGCUUCAUUUUCGCAAAGUACAAGUCCCCGUCCGAGGAGAACCCCAACCCCAACCCCAACAACUUUGACUGCGUUAUGUGUGCAAAGACCACCCACGCCAUCAUCAUCGCUUGCAACAUUGCCGACCAUCUCAUCGGCCUUGGCUACUAG